AUGAAAGGAAGAGACUCUAAACCCAAAGGGACUCCUUCAGCAGAUUUGCUGGUAUGUUUCCCAUCUCGAUCACGUCUACCCUUAAUGCCUAAACCCAUUUGUAGCCCCGCAAGGCCAACGGAACCCAACAACCGACGCCACAUUUUCAUUAAGAAACCAAGAGCCAGAAACGGUGGUGGAGCUAGCCCUAUUUUCUGGGCUAAAAACAAGCAAUUUGGGUCCGAGAUCACGGAACCAACUUCCCCUAAAGUGACUUGCGCGGGACAGAUCAAAGUCAGGUCUAAAACGAGAUCAUGCAAAAGCUGGAAAUCGGUGAUGGAAGAGAUGCAGUUUUUAACAUGCUUGCGGAGCAUCCGUUUAUGUUUCAGGUGUUUCCCUAUACCCGAUAUCACUACCGAUGACGAAGAUGAAGAUGAAGAUGGAAACGAGAAUCAAAGCAACGGGGUUUUCAAAGAAGAAAAGAAGGAUAAGGGGAAGACCCAUGAUGAUGAUGAAGCAGCAGUUCCACCUCCAAAUGCUCUGUUGCUUAUGCGUUGUAGGUCAGCUCCUGCUAAAAGCUGGUUAAUAGAGAACGUAAAAGAUGGAGAGGAAGAGUGCAAGAGGAAAUCCCAGAAGAAAACAAAGAAUCUGAGGUCAUUAAUGGAAGAAGAAAACGAUAAGAUAAAAGAAAGAUUGGUGGUGGUGAAAUACGACCCUGGUUUUUUCAAAACUUCAUCUGAUAUAGCUAAAGAGACUUGGGUUGUUGGUGGAUUGAAUGAUCACCAAGUCGAAGUUGGAAGAGAUGAUUAUCCUGCUCACUUCUAUCUAUAG